GGGCUACUCCGACAUGGCUGAGGACGAGAGGCCGGAAUUUCCCGGCGACUUCGGCAGGAGGGGAGGCAUGGGUGCAGAAGGAGGAGGAGGCGGUGGUGGAAGUGAUACCGCCCCGCCACAGGAUCGGCCAGCGCCGGAUAAAGAAGCAGCGGUAAAGAAGAGGCGACGGCUGCGGCGGCUGCAACAACAACAGGUUCAGCGGCAGCCCAAGCGAGUGAAGUUGCCCAAAAAGCCGCCGUUCGGUCCCACCGUCACCGAGCGCGUCCUGUCGGUGGCGGCGUCCAGCAUGGAGCGACGCGGCAUCUCGCUGGCCGCCCUGAAGAAAGCUCUGUUUGCCAAAGGUUACGACGUGGGCCGCAACAACAGCCGCGUGAACCGGACGGUGCGGCUACUGGUGCAGAGGGGCUCGCUAGUGCGGACCAGCGGCACCGGCGCCUCCGGUUCCUUCAGGUUCAACCGGACAGCGGUGCCCAGGAGGAAGAAAGUGGGGACGGCCCGCAGGACGGUGGAGUCUAGACGUGAGAAGAAAGCAGGGACGGCCCGCAGGAAGGUGGCGUCUAAGCGGGAGAAGAAAGCAGGGGCGGCCCGCAGGAAGGUGGGAUCCAAGCGAGAGAAGAAAGCGGGAGCGGCCCGCAGGAAGGUGGCAUUCAAGCGGGUGAAGAAAGCGGGAGCGACCCGCAGUAAGGUGGCAUCCAAGCGGGUGAAAAAAGCGGGAGCGACCCGCAGGAAGGUGGUAUCCAAGCGGGUGAAGAAAGUGGGAGCGCCCGGGAGGAGGAGCCCCAAGCGCCAAACCAAGCCGCGCAGGACCGCCGCCCGACCCUUCAAGCGCCAUCCGAGUACGUUUCGGCCGGCCCUAUGCCAAGCCCCGGUCCCGCCUCCAGCCCAGCAGAAGCAGACCCCGGACAACGCGGGUCUAUUGUCGGCACCAGUCGAUCAGAAGGAGGAAGGCGACCCGCAGAUGAAUAAACGCCCGGUGGGACGCCCACGUAAAAUCCGGACCCAGGGGCUGGUAGAAGUAGACAAUUCUCUAGUCAUAGACUGGUAGACUUCUCGCUUGUUGGUUUUCCCUCGAAGGGGUUAAAUAUAUACUACACUUAUAAAAAGGCUCUUUUCAGAGCCACUAAAUGAUCAAGAAAACAGCAAAACCUCACCGGGGAGCACAAAACAAAUCUCUUCUCUACCUCAGAUGGAAUAACAUUGACGGUAUCAAUUUUUGCCAGUAGAAUUACAGAAGUAGUCACUGAACCGCAAAGCUUAAAUUCUAUACAGACUAACAACCAUAUUUAAAUUGCGCCAAGCCAAAAAAAAAAUGCUUAUCCGAAGGAAAUAGAUAUUUUGAUCUAGAUUAAUGUCCUUAGAAUUAUCCAGCAAUAGCUGGUGACGAAACACUAGGGUGGAGUUUGCUUGGCAUUUUAGAUGUACUGUAAAAUCGUUCACUGAAUUAUAUUAGUUGGGAACAUGGGCGUUAGUAUGAAUUUUGAAAAUCACAAUUAUGAGAUCCAAAAUAUUCUUCCAU